AUGAAGAAGCACCAGUCCGUGCAGGGCACCUUCAGCAGGCUCUUCGGGAGGAAGCAUGCCCAGGGGGCUGCCACCUCGCUCUUUGCCACCAACCCGCCUUGGAUCUUCACCCAGGAGGUCACCUCCGAGAGCACAGGUGGCACCGGCGACGUGAUCGAAGUGUAUUACGGCGAUAACGGCUUCGGGGCCAUGACCGAUUCCGGGACGGCGACACUCAAGCCUCGCCCGCGAGUGCGGCCGCUGCUGACGUUCCUGCCGCUCAACGCCCAGGAAUCCCAUGGGGUGGCCGUGCCAACGCCGUCUGUGCCCGAAGACUUUAAAGAAAAAGCAGCUCUGGACCCCGGCUCCCAGAUGAACGGGAACCACCGGAUGUACAGCUCGGUCGGAGACCUGCGCCCGCGGGCGGCGGAGGAGGACUCCCUGGAGGAAGACAUCCCACCGCCGCCGUCGGUGCCCCCGCCACCACCACCGGCACCUGUGUUGUCACCACCACCACCACCCGUGGUGGCACCCGCGACUCCAACACUGUCUGAGAUAGUGGUGCCCCCGCCGCCUGCCGUGGCACCCCCACCACCGCCAGCAUCUGCCUCGUCCCCCCCUGGCACGCCUGCCCCCCCAGACUUCAUCCCCCCGGCGCCCCCCUUCUCCACGGGCAUCUGCAAAUGGAAAUCGGAGACUGUGCUCAACACAAGGCAGGUGGACGCGGAGGGGCCAGCGUGUCCAGGCGAGGCUGAGGCCGGGGUGCCAGCGGUCCCCGGCCAGGAGAGCCUGCAGCCCAAGCCCUGCCCUGAGCCACACCUGACUUUCCCCAGGUCCUUCAAAGUGCCUCCCCCAGCCCCAGCCAGGUCUUCCUCCAUCCCUGUGCAGGAGGCAGAUGCCCUGGGGAAGAAGGAGCCCUUCCCCAAGCAGCCUCAUGCCCGGCCACCGCUCCCGCCGUGUUUCACCAUCCGGCCGGCAGCCAAGGUGCACUCAUCAGGAGACACUGAGCAGAGAAGUGCUACAUUGAGGCAGCCCAUUGCAAAGCCGGCUGUGACAGCCACCCAGCCUCCAAGCCCGAGGCCGGGGUUAGCAUCCAGCAAAGACACUAAUUCUGAUGGUUGCCAGCCCCUGCCACCAGGCUUGGACUCCGAGAAAGUUCCUCGGUCCCAAAAGGGUGAGAACAACUCAUCUCCAAAGUCUGAAUUUCUUACUGCAAAUGACCUGGAACUCCCCCCUCCAGACUAUCCCUCCUCAGAUGAGGACUGGAAGGAGGCCAGCAACCUCAACAGGCUGAAACAUGAACUCGUGGCUCUCCUGUCCUCUUCCAAGCGGGAGGAGCGGCAGGUGGAUAGACCAGUAGUUCCCCGGCCCAUGAGCAGUGCUGCUGAUUGUGCUGGUAGUGACAAGAUCAGCUCUGAUGGAUCCAAGCUUACUAAACCUGUUGGGAAGAACUCACAGUUACCCAAGGGAGGAGAAAGUGAGAAGAGAGAGAAGAUCUGUAUCAGUGCAGCCUCUGCUAGAGGGAGCUCCUCCAAUGUGGUUCUUCCAGCUCCAGAGAAUAAACCUGCCAACCCACAACCCAACAGCGUUAUGAAAAUCAGGAAUGAGCUGGAGGCUGUGCUAUCCUUGAAGAAAGAGGGAAAACCUUCCCUGGGAUUUGGCAGCCAGAAGCAGAGUCCAGAGGAUGGCAGCAGCUCCCUACGUUCAGGUAUGGGCCAUGUUGAUCCUGGUGGCUCCCUGCUGCCAAAACCUGCUCCAGGUCAACUCCAACCCAUAGCUGCUGCAGAGAAGGAAGAGAAGGUGCAGGAGGAUCACCAGAUGCCUAAUGCCCCCUCUGUCAGUGACACUUUGGAGGAUAUAAACCCUGUUCCCAAGCACAUGUCCCCUGAGAGCAGCCUGAGUGCCCCAGACCAACCCCAGAAACCAAAGGAUGAACUCCUGGUCUCAGCCUCCCCAUUACCCUCCUCUCCAGAGACUCUUUCACCCACACAAAGCCCAGCGCCAUGGUCUGAUGCAUCCCUAUUCCAGUACAAAAUCCAUCGGGCCAGGGUCGACUCGACAGACUGCCUGCACGCUGAGAGCUCGGGUGAGAACGGCGAUGGAAAAGGUGCGAGUCUGUGCCCUGCCGAGAGCGUGCCCAUGCCCUCGGAGCCACUGGGCUCCUCGAGAGCAGGCCAAGAUGAUGUGCUGAUCCACCCCGUCACAGGCGAGAAGGUGGAGAAGGGCUCCCCCAUGGCCUUGCUCCUGGCCGCAAAGCAGCGGGCGCAGAGGAGUCGGCAGGCUCCGUCCCGGCGCAGCAGCGACAUGGGCGAGAAGCCGCAGGUUAAGGUACCUCAGAAACUUGGCAGCACUCUGCUGGAAACGGCCUCCACCAGCUUCUACCGUGAUGAGUCCAAGCCUUAUUCCUUCACAGUGGUACCCCGGUCCCACCGGACAGCUGCCCUCAGCCAGGCUGGAGAUGAGUUGCCCCCGACAAGCUCCGCUCUCGCUGACGGUGCUGUGGGCUUGGCCGAGUCUGGGCAGAGGCAGAGCAAACCACAGUCCUUCUCCAGCCCUCCUGAGCAAAGCUGGACAGUGCAGAGGCCAAGCAAGGAGGAUCCCCAGGGCUUUGUGAGGCACCAAAGGGUGCCUGCCUCCAGCUUAGUGCGAGGCCUCCUGGAAUCGAGCCAGCCCAAACCCCCAGACCUGCCGAAGAGCGGUGCCUCUCCGCCCCAUGGCCUAGUGUCCAGCAAGGAAGAGGAGAAUGGGGAGAUUCUGGAUUAUGAAAUUAUCCCCCCGCCACCGGAGUUCAGCAACAAUGCAGAUGAUGCUGAAGAUGCUUCUCUGAACAGGGAAGCCAAUCACAAAUGUCCCAGCUUCCCCGACUACAGCCGAACCUCGGAAACACCACAGUACUUCCGGUGGCCCAGCCAUGACUACGGCAGGAGCUACGAUCUGCUUUCCCAAAGGUCCUCAGAAAAAAGCAGAAGGAAUAGCGACUUCACUCCUCAGUAUCCAGAUUUCAGCACCUCUGUGAGUUACUUUAGUCGCUACCCAAACAACCGCCCGCUGAUCAAAAAGCGUCUGUACGUGUCUGAGCCUGACCGGUCCCACCCAAGAGCAGCUGCAGCCUCCCGGGGCAUUGGCACGCUCGCGUCCUACAGCCCCGGUGCUGGCGGGUUCCCCUCCUCGGCCGCGGAGGGGAUGCGCCGGGUCAACUCUGCCCACCGGAGCGCCUCGGGGAGCAUGCAGGGCAAGAGGACAGCUGUGGAAACGCCCGGGAAAGCCAUGUCUUACAGCAACACCAGCAACGAUGCCAAGCGCAAGGGGCAGAACGGGGAUUAUUCGCCUGCCAGCACGGCAGCAGCCAGCAGACCUGUUCAUGGCAGUGCCCAGUACAGCGGACCCACGAACACCUUCAUGGUCAGGCCUGGGACACGGCAGCCCAUCUCUUACAUGUACCAGAGCAGCCAUCGAUAG